AUGAAAUUCCUUUUAUGCCUCGCUUUCUGCUUUGCCGCCGCCCAAGCCGGACUUGUAGGAGUUCAGAAUGCUCUAACUUACUCUGCUGUGCCAUCAGUAUACAAUGCCCCUUUGGCGUAUAAUGCCCCUUUGGCAUAUAAUGCCCCUCUUACUUAUAAUGCUCCAUUGGCCAACUCUGGAUAUCCAUCGGUUUAUAGUGCAGGAUUAGCUGCUCCAGCUGUUUACAACAAUGUCGGUUUUGCUAGUCCUUUAGUAAGAUCUGCUUAUCCUGCUGCAACUGUCUAUUCCAGUCCAAUUGUUGCCAACACUUUGUUUAAGAAAUAA